AUGUACCUUUACUGUCAACGUCAACAAUGAUAAUGUCACCUUGACAUAUGACAUGUAUGCGAUGGGAACGUGACGGAAUUGAUAGCAAUAAUUAUGUCGUUCUUAAUUUAUUUUACUGUUAACUAUGUAAAUUGAAUUAUCGCUAGUAUCCAUUACACGUUAUGCACGUGUGUAUCGUGGAGCGCGGGCUGUAGCGAUGGACGACGGGGGUAUGAAUCACUACGAGCAACAGCUGUACACAGUGUUCAAAACGUUCGACGUAGAUAACGCGGAGGCGCUGGACCGCGCGGCCGUGCUGCAGCUGUGUGACGCGUUGCAGCUCGAGGGCCGCGGCGCCGCGCUGGUGGAGUCGCUGUUCGAGCGCCGCGCCGAGCGCGUCACCUUCGCCACCUUCCGCAACGGGCUGCUCGGCGUGCUCGGCGCCGAGCCCGCGCCCGAGCCCAGCGACGACGACUCCUCCGGCCGCGAGGUCGCGCCCAAGUUCGUGUUCGGCUCCAAGAAGUACGGGCGCCGCUCGCGGCCAGUCCGCGCCGACGACGCCGCCGCCGCGCCGCGCGCCGCCUCCGCCUCGCGCCUCGACGCCGACUCCGGCGCACGGCCCCGCAUGCGCUACAAGCGCAGCGCCUCCGCUAUGGAGGCCCGCACUCCUCCACCGGACUUCCUUGACCACGAGCGGCGCAUAGACCGCGCGCAGGCCGCCGCGCUGUGCCGCGACCUUCACAUGGAUGCGAUCGAUCCGCGCCUCGUCGACCGCAUCUUUGACGACGCGCCCGCGGAACAGACGACCGUAGGCGAAUUCUUUGAUCGGCUUAAUGCGGCUCUGACGCCACUAGCUGCGGGCGAGGGUACGGCGCCGCCUGCCAUUCCGCCACCCGAUCCGCCUGACGGAGAGGACGACGCGGAGGGUGCGGUGACUGGCGAAGCGAUCGCCGAGGCCUGGGAGCGCGCUGGCGUGCGCCGUCCACGCCGGCUUCUAGCCGAGCUCGGCUUCACCGCCACUACUUUAAGUCCUGCCGAGUUGGAACGUGCGUUAGAUGACGAAUUACGCGCGCUGCCGGCGCGCGAGGAGCGCGACGCGCGACCGAUACUGCAACAAGCGGUGCUGGCCCUCAGCCGCCUCCAACGCGCCAGCGCUCGCGCGCGCGCCGCCGCCGCCGUAGCUGAGCGCGACAAGCUUCGCGCCGACCUCGCUGAGGCCAAUCGACGCGCGCAGCUCCUCGCCCAAGAUGUAGAUGAAAACCAUGCUCGCUUAGAAGCGGAGCGGCAGGCGGCACUUCGCCUGUUAGAAGCGCGGCACGCGGAGACCACGCGCGCUGUCAGCAACGAGGCUGCCGCGGAGCGAGAGCGAGCUGCGACGGUACGCGCCGAACUAGAAGCUGAAGUGGCGCGACGUGGAGAUGUAGAGGCGAAGCUGCGUGCCGAGCUAACUGCGUUGCGGCUGCGAUCAGAACAGCUGGAGCGACGCGUGAGCGCAGCGGAAGAAAGAGCUACCGUAGCAGAACGCGAGCGAGCGCGGAUGGAAGAGGAGGCACGCGAGGCAGCGGCACAAGCCGGACGAGCGGUGGAAGGGCAUCGUGUAGCCAGCGAGGCGCUGGAGCGACAAGUGCUGGAGCUACGCGAGGAGUGCUCGUUGCUACGGGACCGCGCAGACGAGCUGCAGGCCGGGCUCGAGGCGCGCCGCGGCGCCGCGCCGCCGCCCGCCGCCGCCACCUCGUGGCGUGACGAGGCCGAGCUCGCGGCCGACGCCGACGCCGCGCUCGACAGGAUCGAAGAUUGCGACUCGUCGCCGCCCAGCAUCGAGCGCCUAGUGUUCCAAGCGGACGCCGCCCGCCGCAUCCGAUCAAUCGCAGACUCAUUAUCACCAGAGUGCACGCGCUGCGAGGCCGCAGCGGCGGCGUUGCGGGAGUUGAGCGACUCGCCGGCGGCGCGGGGGCCAAGUGAAGCGACGGCGGCGCGGGGGCCAAGGGAGUCGGUUGAAGCCGCUGUGCAGACGGAGGAAAGUGAUGAAGGACAGCGCAUUGAAGAGCUUCAGAAGAAACAUGAGGCGGAGAAGAGUGACUUGAAUAAUUUGAUCGCUGAACUAGAAGCCAGCGUGGAGGCUCUCCGCGAGGAAUACGAGCGCUGUGAGGAGUACUGGGCGGGCAAGUUAGCGGACGAGCGAUCACUGGCCGCCGAAGAGGCGGCAGCGAGCGACGCUCGCUUGAGCGAGCUACUCGCACGAGUGGCGGAGUAUGAGGCACAGUUCAAGCCGAGGUUGCCGGCGCUGCAUGAGAGCGAGUUGGAGCCACAGUACGAGCAGCUGGCGCAGGAGUUUCAAGCGUUCAAAAUAGAAGCGGCCCGGGCGCUGACGGCGGCGCGCGCCGACGCCGACAAAACGCGCGAGGAGCUAGAAAAGGCGAGGACGGCGCCUCCACCCCCUUGUAGCUGUCGAGAGAAAACUCCGCCGGCUCCGCGGCCCGCUUCCGACGGCGACCAGCGUUUAGUGGGUUCGCAUCCGCCGGGGCCAGGUGAUAUGUCGCGGCGCAGCGUAUCGGCGGGUGCACUGGCGCACGCCGCGCCUCACGUCGGCGGCGCCGUGGGAGUCGGCGGCGGCGGCGGCGGAGUCGGCGGCGGCGACGUCGGCGACGCGCCGUCUGCGCACGACGCGAGGACCGCACGCGUGCCACUGCCCCAUCCGCCGGGCUCGUGCUCGUGCUCGGCGCUGGCGGCGGCGUGGCGGCGCUCGGCGGCGGCGGCGGCGGGCGCGGACGCCGGGCUGCGCGCGCGCGCCGCGCACGCCGAGCGCGCCGCCGCGCGGCUGCUCGCGCGCCUGCACGCCGCCGACGCGCUCGUCGCCGAGCUCUACCGGGAGAACUGCCAGCUGCAGCACCACAAGCGCCCCGAGCCCGGGUUCCUGUGACGGAGGUAUUAUGCGUCGUUCGCAGUUUACUAGCUGUUCGUAAACCAUUUAUUCCCCGUCGGCCCGCCCGCGAGCCCCCGAAGCUUUACUGCCGAUGUUGUAUACGUAGAUAGACCUGCCAGUUGCGGCCCCCGGCACCCCCGAGGCCGGGUCGCCGCCGCGGGUGCGAGGCCGGGUCGCCGCCGCGGGUGCGAGGCCGAAUGAAAAGUGCGGGGGCGGGUCCGGGUCCGCUCGGCGCGCCGCCUCCGUUCGAAACGACCGAGAACCCGAUGUAAAUAUGCGGGAGCGAUAAAAAAGUAAAUAUAGAAAUUUCAUUACGCCCCGGUCGAUCCGAUGUUUCCCGGAGCGAAUCGAUUAAGAAAUUAUUUAAAUUUGGUGACGUACGCGAUAAAAUAAACAUCGUGGAACAUAGAAUUUUAUUCAGUCGUCGUACUCGUACAUUUAGGUAGGUAUACUUCGACGAUUCGACUGACCGACUCUAGUGAGGAGAAAUUAAAAUCAUACAGUCGUAGAAAACUACACUAAACCUAGUUUAAAUUAUAGUUAAUUUUUGGUAUCUUGUUUGCGCAUUUAACUACGCGAGAUUAAGAUCUAUGUCUCGUUUGAGAUGAAAAAGUUGUGAUUACAUAUAUUAUGAUUAGAAAUGCCACGAAUAUUCGGCAACUAUUCGGUAUUCGGCCUCUUUGCCGAAUAUUCGGUAUUCGGCCAAAUGUUCCCUACUAUUCGGCCGAAUACCGAAUAUCAGUUGCACCUACCUAAAAAGAAAAAAUACACAAAAAGUAACCAAAAACUAGGUAUAUUUCAUAUUUAAAAUGUAUUCUUGUAAAGUAGUUAAAUACGAAGGCACGUUUUUGAGCAUUUGUUGAUUACAAAAUAUUUUAUUUUUUUCAUGGGUCUGAUUUGAUUGACUCUAACGACAUUAAUUAAUUCUGUUCAACAUAAAAAUGUAUCUUAGCAAACGUUGUGCUUUGUUGGCAAACAGUUUUCAUAAUAAUUGUAACUCAAAAUGUUCGCAUGUCAUGCCGAAUAUUCGGUCGCCGAACAUUCGGUAUUCGGCCGAGAGAGGGGCCGAAUAUUCGGUAUUCGGUAUUCGGCCAAAUUCACUAUUCGGGGCAUCUCUAAUUAUGAUUAUGUGACUUCAUUCCGAAUUAGAAUAAGAAAAAUAUAUAAAACAAUCCUGCGUCGACUGUGUGUGAGUGUCUCUAAAAUUAUGCCAUAUAUAAUGAUAUAUAAAACUCUCCUUAUUCAUUAAUAAGGAAAGUCUUUUCAAAAGGGCGUAUUUCUCUAUAAAAACUGCCAUACAAAAAUAAGCCCCUUUGAAAAGACACUCCUCAAUUAUUGUUGGCAAAACCAUUGAAAGUUUAUAUUUUAUUUACAAAACGACAAUUGAAGAAAAUUUUGUAAAUAAUACAAAUGUAUUUGAAAUUACAUUCCUAAAUUGUUUAUUGUGAGAAGCAAUGUAAUAUUUGAUUGAAGAUUAUUAACGAACUGCUUAUUAUACCUAUACCUACAUAUUAGGUAUUAUAAGUAGUUCGUAGGUAUUACCUAACUAUAUAAGUAUAUAUGUAUAAUUAUAUUGAGACAUAUUAUAUAUUCAAAAUUGUCGAAACGGAUAUUUUGAGAAUUGUGCAAAUGUAUUUUCAAAAAUUUAUUUUAAGCGAAAUUUCAUUUGACGUCAUAUCGGCGACGUAUGUGCAUUUCUAUUGUGAUUAAUAGAAUAAUUAGACCAAGAUAAGUCUGCCACGAUUUUGAUAGCCCACGCAGUGCAAGUGUUAUUUUAAACGUCAAACUUCUAUGAAAUUAUGACGUUUAUAUAAAACACAGCACUGCGUGUGCUAUCAAAAUCGUUGCAGACUUGUCAUGGUCUAACUCUACUGACUAUCUCGAGUUUUGUCAGAAUAUUUUGCCAUAAUUUAUUUGCCUGUAUGUUAACCCCGAAUUAUUGAUUAUAUUCAGGUUAUACUUGUCGUAAGUUUUGCCCAACAUUUUAAAUGUAAGAAAAUUUGCAGGGUCUCUGCUACAGUCCACUGCAAUGCAAUAGUAAUAUUUUGUAUAACAACCGCUCAAAAUGAUCUGACAAGCUCAUAUACGAGUAGCUAUAAAAAGAAAUUGUGAGUAUUUUGGCGCGCUUCGAUGUGCAAGAGAUUAGUUUUGACUGUACAUUCAUUUGAACUACAGAUAUGGCCUUGAUUAACCUAAUUAUUGAUAGUCGACUGACAUUUAUACGUGAUUUAUACAGAACAUUCUUAUGAUUAUGUAGUUUGUGUAUACUAUAAGCAGGGUUGGGCAGUAUUUCAAUUACAUGUAUUUGAAAUACGUAUUUGAAAUACAUUUCAGUAUUUUGUAUUUGUAUUUCAAAUGCUACCUGGAAAAGUAUUUUGUAUUUGGUAUUUCAAAUACUGCACUCACAUGUAUUUUGUAUUUUGUAUUUCAAAUACUUCAAGGUUCAAAAUACAUUUCUACAAAAUACAUUUUAUUACAUUCUAUGAUCCUAAAAUGGAACAUUUUUUUAAAUAUAAUGUACGACUUGUACGAGCGAAAAUAGGUACAUUGCGCGAGCUAUUCUGCGCAGAACUUUUCGUCAACAGCCAGGGGAUAGAGUCAUUGUAGUAGUUUCCGUCCAUGCUCUAGUUUUCGACCACUUGACAGAUUAGCAUAUAAUAUAUUUCAUUUUUAAUUUACUAUUUGCGAAAUAUAUUUUUUAUAUGUAGACAGAUAUAUUGUUUAGCUAAGGAUUGAAAUCAGUCCAAAUUUGUGCAGCAAUGUAGGUUUAUAUUCAAAUUUCGUCAAGUGGACGAAAACUAGAGAAGGACGAAAACAAGCGCAAUGACCCUAUAAGAUUUUAGGAAAGGAUAUUCGUUAAAAAAACUAAAUGAUUAAACAAAAAAAAAGAAAAGUAUUUUGUAUUUUGUAUUUGAAAUACAUUAUUUUAAACACUGUAAUUUGUAUUUUGUAUUUCAAAUACCAGUCACCAAAGUAGUUUGUAUUUGGUAUUUCAAAUACUUUUAAAAAUGUAUUUUGUAAUUUGUAUUUGAAAUACGUGGGAGCCAGUAUUUUGCCCAACCCUGACUAUAAGUUUGUAUAUAUAUGUAUGCUUGACUUCCUUCCUAAAGGUUUGUGAACUGUUAUAGAUACCUAAACAUAAAGGAUUUUAUUCGAUGGAUUUAUUUAUUUGUUUCAAGACAAAAAUAAUAAAUAUGUCCUCGAAUCCAUUAAGUUUGCUUUAAAAUGCUCGUAUUGUAUAGCGUUUUACAUAGGUAUAGUGUGUUUUGGCAUGAAACAGUGAUAUUGAUUCUACUAAACUGCACGACAGCCGGUUAAUAAUAUAACAUAUACCAAUAUGUAUAAUGAAAUUAAUGAGGUAGGUGUGUCGGUGUAUUUGUAGGUGUGUGACGCACGCCGAUAGUGCCUUUUUUGUCGAAGUCGGCGCCGACGAAAUGUAUAGGUUCUCCAUUAAAAUUUUAAAGUCGGUAUACAUGGGUCACAUACAGAUUUUAGGUUCUAAUUUGUCUUAUCGAUCUCCAAAAGUUAAGAACAAAGUUUCACAUUUUUUUUACUCUCCCAAACUAUAUAACGAUUGGUUGCAGCCAAUAUAAGCCAUAAAAUAUAAGUUAGGCCAAUUAAAUUAUUUUUAAAUUUCGGGGACACAAGAGACAAUUUUUGUUUUACUGUACCUAUCUAUACUUAUCUGUUUGUAGAUGUCGAUGUACCUACAAUCGCUAUCAGAUAUCGAGGCAUUCGAGGUGCUCAAAAAUAUCUAAACACGACAAUUAUCAAAGCUUUACAUGUUCAAAUAUUUUUGGUACUUUGACCGACUUGGUAUACUAAUGGCCUGUAGGUACGACAAACGUUUACUGUAUUUUAUUUAAUUUUAACGUUCACAGGGUCCAAUCAAAAACGUUUUUGUUGGCAGAGCAAGUGUUAUCUCGACUGUAAGUGUUGUUGAUGCAACCUGAACUUAGGAAUUCUUGUCAAUUCAUACGACGGUAUAUAUGUGUGGGUGUAUGUGUGUGAUUUAUUUAUUACAUGGCUUACUCAGAAACGCUACUAUAAUUAAUAGGAUUAACAAUACUAGAUACCAGCGUCACCUCUGGUUCAAUCAACUUAUUUUUAUGCCGCAGUGGUGACUUUUCUACAAAAGGGGGGGCAAUAACUGCAUGUAAGGACCAAUCAUAUGGUAGUUUACCCCAUCGACCCCAUCUCUCCCAGUUAAAAAUACAUUUCUAAGUAAACCACGUUUUAACGUUUUGACACGAUUGCAAACGUACGAUUUACGUGAUGCAAAUUGGACGAAUUAUAUGUAUAUUAUUACGACACAUUUUGUUUAAAUGUUUAUUGUAGAUAUUUAUAUAAUAAAGAACCAUCCCGCACGGGGCUAACGUGACUAUACUUAUCUCAUUCCCUCUCGAGCGAGAGGGACUAUAGCCGUGCACGUAUAGACUGGACAUGAGAAUUUAGUCAAGUACAUAAUUAGAUAGGGAGUUUGUAAUAGUGUAAUAAAAAAUAUUACACACUAAAGAUAUGAAAACAGGACACUGUGUGGAAAUUCAAACCAAAGUGCCCCGUUUUGAUUGUUCUAUGUUCACAAAGCUGCUUGUUGUUGAAUGCACGAGUAAAGUAUUCACAUAUUUUACAUAGGUAAUAUUAUCCAGUUGCAAAAACGUCAAUUACGAUAUUGCUUCAUUGAAAAAGGCUUUAAGGCGAAAGAAAACGACGGGUUCACCGAUCUCGUCCGCUUUUGACUUAACCUGACAGUUAGAGAUAUAUGUACUUAGGUACUUUAAAUAAAUAUAAUUUACAUUUAUGCAACUGGAAACAGUGGAAACGUUUGUUAUCCACAAUAGCUAAAUUAUUGUUGACAGAUUUGAUUAUUUGAAAUUAUAUCAUAUAGGUACCUACAUGUGAGAUAAUUAUAUCCUAUCCUAUGACGUUUUUAAUUUUUUUUGUGGUUUUACAGCUAGUAUAGAAACAUCUGUGGCAAAUGGCAAAAGUGGUCAUGGACUAGGGCCCGCUUCAUAAAAAUUUGUACAAGUUUCUUCACAAUAAGUAAAUAUAAAUAAAAGUACAAAUUACAAGUUUUCAUAAAACGGCUCCCCUAAUGUCCUAGAGUUAGACCAAGAUGAGUCUGCAACGAUUUUAUUAGCAUACGCAUUUGGCCACACAAAUGUAUCAAUGCUAACCGUCAUUUUAUCGCAUUUUGUAUGAGUGUACCUACCUAUAAAUAUGUAUCACACUUUGUACGAGUUGUAUCAAGUGUAUCGCUUCCUACCCUACCCAGUGUUCCAUGGACCGUACUCUGCCGACAGCGGUGCCCGCAUUGCUUUGUUUCAUGCUCAAUAAGUAAUACCAUUUCCUCUUGAUUUCACCUUGCUUAGGUACAGUAUAGCAUUUCGCUGGGUACAGUUAAUUUCAACAUUUUGACGCCUAUACAAUGGAAAAGGAUUUUAUAUUUGUAAAGGUAGUUCUUUGUUCCCACUGGUGACAGCAGGGUAUAUAUUUCUUAUCUACCUAUUCAAAAUUUCCAUAUAUUAUUCGGAGAUUCUAAGCCUUUCAAAGUUCUAACUUCAUUAUGGAUUUGGGUACCGUUUUGUAGAAAUGUUUCACCCUAGGGUAACUUGCAUUUUGGACGUUAAUAUUUAUUUUAGUCCUAUUCAUAUUAUUACUGUGAGCUAAUUAGCUUGUGUAUAAACGACAACGUUUGAGUUAACGCUUUCAUCAUUUGUCGGUAUAUUUAUUGUAAAGACGUACAAUCAAGUGGGCCGAUACAUGUGCAAUGCGGCGUCACUGGGCCUAUUCCACUAUCGCCAACCGUAUAUGUAGGUAUUAUAUAAAUUAUAUUGAUAACUUUAAACAUGUGGAAGUGGUUAUCAGGAGUGUUGUUAGGAAUCUAAUAUUGUAUAUGAGAUAGGUAUAUGACCUUAACUACUAAACUGUAGUUGGGUGGUGAGAUGCUUAGUAAUACCUAGAAUAGAAUCCCAACAUAAACGUUUUAUAAUAAGUAAUUUUAUAUCUACUGGCAAGGUCAUGCCGCCGCCGAGCUAAACUCAUCGGCGCGUCGCCGUCGCGAAAUUUAAGGUCGGCGCCCUAGUCUACUUACCAUAUACAUAUUUUUUUUUAAAUCUGUACCAGAGAAAACACAAUAGGUCAAUUGAUUUUCGGCCAACUUUAUUAGGGAGUUCUAAUCUUCUAAACCGCGUUUUAUGAAGCUAAUUUUUCCAUUCGUUAUUUGGCUCUCUUACAAUCAAAUUUAUUUUAUAAGUAAGUAGGUAUUGAGAGGCAAAUAGAGAACUAGAAACUUUAGCUCGUAGCUCUAAAUGCUCUAAUUCAAUGCAUAUGUCGGCGGCCGAUCGUAAGAUCAGGCAUAUCGUGAAAUUCCUAGGCAUAUCGUGAUCUGAAGCAACCUAACGAACCUAUCCUACCUAUAUAUUGGUUUGAUGUGACUAUCGUCAAAACAUUACACAGGAACAUUACGAUCUGCCUGAUCGUACGAUCGGCCUACGACACAUAUACGAAUAAGGAGUUAGUGGAAUGGUAGCCAACUCCGAGGCGUCCCUCCCUCAUACAUAUCAUUACGUUGUUAUGUGUAAGUAAUUGACUGUGCAUGUAACGCAGUAUGUGAAUAAAAUGU